AUGUCCGCCGUCAGCGUAAACGGUCCUCAGGCCGUAUCACAAUUUGACCUCUCGAAGCUGUCCUCGCAAAUUGACCUGCUCGUUGCCCUCCAUCUCUGGUCAUGGCCUGCGCUGACUUUGGCUAUUCAAAAUGCCUGGGGCGGCUCAGCACAAGUCUCAAAUGACAAAAGAGACUGGAUGGCUGGUGCGGUGUCAGAACUCUUGAUCUCUACUCCUCCAGCACUCGCGGAUGUCGGCGAUCUGGAAGAAGUCCUUCUACAAGUUAUGGUCGACGAAUUCGAGAUUGUCGUUGACGACGGGACCGCCGAAGAUGUGGCACGCAGUAUCUGGUCUGGCGCCACAAAGAUCAGGAACGGCGACCUUACGGAGCUGAAUGACCUCUAUAUCAGGUGGCAAGAAAAACAACAAAAGGGUGGCGACAGAAUUGUUAACAUCGUACGAGGCGAAGACAAAGAUCAGGAUACUGAUGCAGAUGAGGACGACUAUGAGGACGAAGAGGAAUGGAAUGGAUUUGAAGAUAGACAAGACGUCGAUAUGGACGAUGCUCCCCCUCUGACCGGUUCCAGAAUGCCGAAACAAAAGGCCGAACCUGAGGUGGAUGAAGAUGGUUUCACCAAGGUUGUUGGCAAGAAGAAGAGAUGA